AUGUUAAGAAAUACCAACACGUUAAGGAAAUUUAUUAGAACACAGUCGACACGACCAUAUCCUGUUAAUGUUGAGGCAGUUUAUUAUGCUCCUUUAAAAGUGCCUAUUAAGUAUGGUGAUUUAGUCGCAGACAUUCAGUUAAGAUCGUAUGACAAUGAGAACCUCGAUUUUUAUUCAGACUUCAUACUUAGGACGGGUUUCUAUUUGGGUAUCGCAUUAACAGGCCCGAAACCUUUACCGACGAGAAGAGAGCGGUGGACAGUAAUCAAAUCACCAUUCGUCCACGCUAAAUCCAAAGAGAAUUUCGAGAGACACACUCAUAAGAGGCUCAUCAGAGCCUGGGAUUCAAACCCAGAAGUAUUACAAUUGCUGAUAUCUUAUGUUACAAAGCAUUCAAUCGCAGGCGUAGGAAUGAAGUGUAAUUUUUUCCAAAGGUCUGAAGUAUCAUUAAACUUUGAUUCGGACACUAAUGAGAUAGAAAAGUCAUCCAGUAAAGUUAAUGAUUUAUAUUCUCUAGAAAAUAGUGACAAGGUUCAAAGUAGUGCUGUCGGUGAAAAAAUUCUUGAACUAUUGAAUAGUCCUGAUUUUAAAAAACAUUUGGAAGAUAAGUGA